AAGCCUGUUGUUAUUUCUGAAUGUAGGGUGUGAGUUUAACGUUGCGGUUUAUUUAUUCAUGUCUCUUAGAGAUCUGUGUUGAUUCUGUGCUAUGGAUGCCAGUUCUACAGCGCCUACACUGACAAGAGUUUGAUAUAGUGUAACAAAGCCUUCUUUUUAUUAAUUUAGAAAGGAUCUUUCCAGUAAAAUGACCAGAGUAAACUGAGUGCUGAGGAAUGCACUUUAAAGAUCUCAGGGAGUGAAGAUGGAGCACAUAAAACAGGAAAUGGAUUUCAACAAGAAAGAUGAGAUGCACAAUCUAUGUGCUAUAAAACUGAGAACAGAGCAGUGCUGUUGGGAGCACAGACAGAGACUGGAGUUGUUUUGCCAGAAGGAUGAGGCCUUUAUUUGUGUCCUUUGUGUUCCCAGACAUUCCAGCCACAGUUUUGUGCUCCUGCAUGAGACAGCCAUCACGUAUAAGGACAAGCUAAAAACAGCCUUAUCAUCCCUGGAAUUAAAGAUCAAGCAUCUUAAAGAUCAGCAGAAGACAAAUGAGAAGGAACUCCUGGACAUGCAUGAUGAAGCUUGUAGUUUGGAAAAAUACAUCAUGGAAGAGUUUACAAAACUGCACGUGUUACUACAUGACUGGGAGCAAAAAUUACUCCAACAGCUUAAAAAUGACAAAGUGGCAGUUCUGAAACAGGUGGAAGAAAACCUUGAAUGUACAAAACGUGAUGCUGUGGUCACCAAUGUGAAAGUACCCAAUGGCAGCUUGGAGUUCAGGAAGGAAAUAACACAGAUUCUGGAAGAGAUGAAAGAAAAUGCUGAAAACAUUAAAAAUGAUGUUACUGCAAAAUGUAAAGCACUGUAUGAUAAGUCAGAGACUAGAAAACAGGAAACUGUUGGUUUUCUAACUGAUGAUGCUUAUAGUUUGGAACAGUACAUUACGCAAGAGUUUACAAAACUGCACGUGUUACUACAUGACUGGGAGCAAAAAUUACUGCAACAGCUUAAAAAUAACAAAGUGACAGUUCUGAAACCGAAGGAAGACAACCUUGAAUGUACAACACAUGAUGCUGUGGUCACCAAUGUGAAAGUAGCCAAUGCCAGCUUGGAGUUCAAGAAGGAAAUAACACUGACUCUGGAAGAUAUGGAAGAAAAUGCUGAAAACAUUCAAAAUGAUGUUACUGCAACAUGUAAAUCAUUCUAUGAUAAGUCAGAGACUAGAAAACAGGAAACUGUUGGUUUUCUAACUGUUCCAGAAACCUUUGAGGAUGUUGCUGUCACUUUCUCAGAGGAAGAGUGGAAGAUGUUAAGAAAACAAGACAAGGAGCUUCACAGAGAAGUGAUGGUACAGAACUAUGAAACACUGAUUUCAGUAGGGUACAAAAUCCCUCCUGAUAAAUUGUUGUUGCUGCUUAAAGAUGCUCAUGAUAAACUGUUAAAUGAUGACGUUGAGGGUAAUGAGACAGAACAGAAGGCGAAUCCUGAAGAUAAGCUCAAAAGUUUCAGGAGCAGAAACUGCAGUGUGUUUUGCAGUCAGCAGCCAUCACUUGGGACAUCCAAUCCUCAAGAGAACCUACAGCAGUCUGAUGAGCCUGGGAAGGAUUACAAGAAACUUCAUCUUUCUCCUGGUUUGCAGCAUCACUUGGGUCAUAACUGGAUCAAGAGCACUGAAUGUGACAGUGCAGCACCCUCAUUACAUCACUCUAUACGGAAAUCACAGUGGGGUGCUCAGCCUGUGAACAGGUACAACAGGGUUCAUCCAGUUACUGCCCCAGAGUUUCAUUUAGGAUGUAACUGCAGCAGCAACCCUAAGGGUAACAGUGAACCCUCCUCUAUACAGCAUUGUGGUCAGCAUGUGUUGGACACUGACAGACUUCUUCCCCCUGUUGUGCCACAGCACCAGUCUGGACAUAAUUGCAACAAGAGGUCUGAAUGCUACACAUGUCUUAGUAAAAAGAAAAGUGCAGUAAUUUAUCAGACAUGUCACAAAGGAGAGAAGUCAUAUAACUGCACUGAAUGCAAUAAGCAGUUUAUGUGUCAAAGUCAUCUGAAGUACCAUCAGCCCAUCCACACAGUGGGGAACACUCGCACAUGGGGAAAAACAUAUAAAUGUCCAAAAUGCAGUAAGUGUUUUACACAUAAAUAUCUACUCAGAAGCCAUCAAAAAGUUCACACUGGAGAGAAGCCAUAUAAAUGUGCUGCAUGUAGUAAGUGCUUUGCAUGGAAAAAGAACCUUAUAGCCCAUCAACAAAUUCACACAGGUACAAAACCAUAUAAAUGUGAUGAAUGUAGUAAGUGUUUUGCAUCGAAAAGCUACCUUGUAGCCCAUCAACAAAUUCACACAGGUACAAAACUGUAUAAAUGUGAUGAAUGUAGUAAGUGUUUUGCAAGGAAAAAGAACCUUGUAGCCCAUCUACAAAUUCACACAGGUACGAAUCCGUAUAAAUGUGAUAAAUGUAGUAAGGGUUUUACAUACAAAAUAUUCCUCGACAGACAUAAAGUAGUUCACACUGGGGAAAAACCAUAUAAAUGUGCUGAAUGUAGUAAGGGUUUUACCCAGAAACAAACCCUUAUAACCCAUCAAAAAAUUCACACAGGGGAUAAACCAUAUAAAUGUGCUGAAUGUAGUAAGGGUUUUACCCGGAAACAGACCCUUAAAAUCCAUCAAAACAUUCACACAGGGGAGAAACCAUAUAAAUGUGCUGAAUGUAGCAAGUGUUUUGCAUGGAAACAGAGCCUAUUAGUCCAUCAAAAAGUUCACACAAGGGAGAAAUCGUAUAAAUGUGCUGAAUGUAGUAAGUGUUUUGCAUGGAAACAGAGCCUUGUAGUCCAUCAAGAAGUUCACACAAGGGAGAAAUCGUAUAAAUGUGCUGAUUGUAGUAAGUGUUUUCUGUGGAAACACAACCUUAGAUGUCAUCAACAAAUUCACAUAAGAGAGAAAUCAUAGUGGAAAACUGUAAAAAGGGGAGGAAUUUAAGCAUGGCAUGGACUGACUACAAUAAAAAAGUACAAAAUA